GCGCACACGUGGCCCGACGAGGCAGACGAGCAUCAGGAGGUUUGCGAAGAACACGAGGCAGGAGGACAUGGAUAACUCCUGCUGCGAGUUCUUCAUGGACAACGCCAUACCGUUCAACGCUGCCAGAAGCAGGAGCUUCAAGAAGUUCAUGCUGACGUGUAUCGGACCACAGCCUGUGGGGAGUCAUCCACUCGUGCCUACUGGGUACAACCCCCUCAGGUGUCGCCUGCUUGAUCGUUUGAACAAGACGUUGGUGGAUGAGGAGCAGGUGAUCCGUGAUGACUGGCAGGUGACUGGCUGUACGUUCAUAACUGAUGGCACCACAAACAUUUGUGGGCGAUCACUUAUGAACUACAUCCUCGUAGGCCAAUCGAAGCCUGUUUUCGUGAAGUGCGAGGAUGUGAGCGAGGGAGACAAGGACUCUGCAGCUGUCGUUGCCGGGUGGAAGCGGUUCUUCAUAGAGUGGGGGGUGGAAAAGAUCACGGCGAUAUGCACUGACUCUUUCGCCGGGAACACGAGUGCUGCGAGGAUGUUGAGGGAGGACCCCGAGUUCGCGCAGAUCUAUUGGAUCCCUUGCACGACGCAUUGUAUGGACCUCCUGAUGCACGAUAUAGGCAAGAAGGAGUGGGCGGAUGAGAUCAUCACCAAGGCCAACAAAAUAGUGAACUUUGUCCGGGUUCACAGGUGGCCUCGGUCGCAGUUGAGGACGCAAUUGUCGAAGUACCCUGACUUGAAAUGCACCUGCCUCCUUCGGCCUGCUCAGACAAGGUUCAUGACAAACUAUGUGAUGCUGCAGCGACUUGAGGUGUGCGAGAGGGUCAUCGUGCGUAUCGUCACCGGACACGGUUGGGAGGCUAUGCCAUGGCGAGGGGAUAUUAGGGUGAAGGCCUACUUCGUGGAGGAGACAGUUCUUGACAAAGCAUUAUGGGCUGAUGUCAAGAAGCUGAUUGCCGUCAUGAAGGGGCCUUAUGGUGUGUUGCGAAAGGUGGACAAAGAUGUCCAUUGCUUGUCACGCAUCUAUGAUAUGGCGUAUCCAAUCGAAUCAACUUAUUCGUUUGGAACCUUAGUGAUUGAUCAAUUGAUUGUCGACGAGGAGGAGGGAAACCGCAAUGCGGAAGACGAGGAGGAAGAAGAACUACAGGACGAGGAUGAGGACGACAAGGAAGAGGGGCAAGAGGAGGAGGAGGUCGAAGAGGAGGAGGAGGAGGAGGAGGAGGAGGAAGGGGAGGAGGAGGAGGAGGAGGCAGACGAGGAGGAAGAGGAGGACGACGACGACGAGGAUAGCUGGAGCUUUGCAGCACCCCAGUUGGUUACAGAGCAACAUGAGCCUUCCCUGGCUCCUUCCAGAAGCAAAAGUUGCACCGUACAGUUGAGCCCAGGGAAUCGGUUGAGGCACCGAGCAUACGCAUUCAGAGGCCGAAAUGUCACGUAGCGGUCGUGGACCAAUGAGAAAGCAGCUCCUGCGUCACAAACAUGUCAUGAGCCAAUGAGAUCGCGCUGAACACUUGGAGCCUCGUGGGCUUGGGCUACCUGGACGUGCCUAACUGCAUGGCACCCAGGCCAGUAUCUGAAGCUGGGCCUGUUCGCAGAUACUUUGGGCCAACCUGAAGCUAUUGGGCUUAUACACACCAGUCCCAGACCAGCCAGCAACAGAGCUCACUUUCCAUAAAGGAAAGUGAGCGGCCAGAGGCGCAAUAUUAUGGCUUGAGUGGGCAAUGCGGCCACGCUGCUGCAUACCGCACGAAGCAGCUGCGCUACCACUGCGGGCCAGACACGCGCACGGGCGCAGAGGUGAGAAAGGGGGCGUUGCUGUGGCAGCGGGUGCAUGGCGGCCAUAGCCGGACUGCUGGGUGCAGGCACGGUGAUAGCGAUGAUGGUCUUCAGGCAGAAGGUGCAUGCAGUGGAGAGUCAGGGGUGUUGAGGGGAGGUGCGAGACACAUACUUGGUGUAUGCUGGCAGUCUGCAUUGGCGAAUGACAUCACGCACAUUGGACUUCAACUUCGAUGUGUUCCUGUUCGAUGAACGUAGAUAUGAUAUAUAGGCUGAGUAGUGUAGGCUGGAAGCUAGGCGCCAGACAGUAGGAGCGACAUUGGAAACUAUGUUGGUGAGACCGGAGAGCGUCGGCAUUGGCAUUUGUGUUCGCUGUAUUGCUCUUAUUUGGAUGGUAUCUUGGUGCAUUGUGUUGUCUGCUUGGUACAUGACUAUCUGGACUUCUUCGUGAUUUUGCAAUUUGGAUUUCUGUGUAUCGCUCUUGCUCACAUUCCUUGGAACUGUCCCGCCCAGGUGAGUACAUCCAAAAUCUCAACAACAGUACGUCUAUUGCAGAUAAUGAAACAUGAUUGAGAUG